AUGACAGCCACACCUGCUGUUUUUAUGAAAGUUGAGUCCUCCGCGGCCGAGGUCUUCAUCAGCAAUCCCAGCACGAAUACAUCGUCACUAAACGGAACAGAUAUUCUAAGGCAAAAGGGGAUGAGUGUCAUACUCGAAGCCACAUCAGCCUCAAAGAUACGCCGCCCAGGUCCUGAGGCCUGGAAGGACUGGGGAUACUUGACACAACUGGGCGAGACUUUUCGUGUUGUAUACGUGCGCCUGUUUGGUCAAACUCCUCCCCUUUCCCGAGGAAAUCCUGGCGACAUCUGGGUCGACACCCGUGAUCGUAAGAUUUAUUAUUCCGACCAUCUCCAGGUCUGGCAACCUUGGAGAGGAAACGAAGAUAAGGUCUUUCACCCCAUCGUCAUUGGAUAUGAGCUACUCUGGGACGCCCUGAAGAAAACGAUAUCCUGGGCUUCUGCGACCACAGCUAAAAGACGAAAAGUACAGAAGAAUAAUACCUCCACCCUCCCGUCCUUAGACAUUUGGAAUCACUUGUCCGCAAUCGAUGAAGCAGGACCUAAGCGUCCUCGUCAUAUUGACAUCGCCCCGCCAAGCAUCCCUGAGCAAAUACUCGCAAUCCUUGACUCCGAAAAUCUCCUUUCUUUUACUGGCGAAUCACCCUCGGAUUCAGCUUACAGUCAUGUUCACCACGAUCCCUCAAUCAAGUUGCUUCCAACUGCAAUCCCAACCUACACCGGGAUAUGGAAGCAAGAUUCAAUCGUCCGUGCCAAAGGAACUCAAUUUCCGGAGGAUGCGUCAAUCGUAACAUGGUUCAAUGGCUUGCAAACGCCCCUCCCUUUUGUAGGUCAGAAGAUUGGAAUCCCAGAAACUAAAGACGAGGACAUCAUAGGAGUGCGCUUCAUGCUGGAACACGGGAAGGAUGCAACCAUGACUCCCCUUGGGGAACGAGAGCCUCCUGUCUUGGUUCUGGAUGCUUCCGAGAUCAAUAGGCACGAUCGUCUCGCUGCCCGGGCCUUUUGCGAUCGAAUUCGCCGGUCUCUAGCCGCCGGACGGCCCGUCCUAGUUAAUGACUUCGAGGCCCUUGGCGCGGAUCAGAUUUUUGAUUGGAGUGUUGACGAGUGGAAGGAAGAUUUGACUAGCCCUGAGCGGCCGGUCAUCUGGCAAGAUGCGGAGCUUCGUGCGCGUGGUAAAGUCCUUCUUCAAAGCGAAGACGACGACCAGGAUGACGGACGCCCAGAAACCAGUCUAUCCCAGGAUCCGUAUUGGAUCCGCGGGCCUGGGAAGCGCCGGUCCAAACCGAAGCCUACCUGCGAACUCGGAACCUCGCAGGGAUCCACAAUCCAUCGUAUUGGGAAACUGAAGGACUUUGUCGCGUCGCUGGAGUCACCCACGACAUGUGGCAACCUUUUGGACUGCGUUAGCUUUAAUGAUGAGAUCCCUUUCUUCGUCAGGCGAAUACGCGACCAUAUGCAGUCACUUGAGGCUACAGAGAAAAGGAACUACGCUAACUCCAAAUCCUCGGGGAGAGCCACCGGAAAGGCUAGCCUACCCAAAGCAGAAGCUGCCAGCCCAGGCGACAUUUCCUGGGACAUGCUCGCUCUCAACGAGUGGAAGCUCGUCACGUCGGCCGGUUUCCUCACUCAUCCUCAUCACGACGCAGGCGGACUAUCGACCUGGGUAACGAUGAAGUCAGGCAUGAAAAUCUGGGGGAUAUUAAGGCCGAAAGUCUUCACAGAGGAAGGCAUCGAUUUUGAAACCGGUACAAGGCGCUUCCUUUCAGCCACCGAAGCAAUCCUCAACGCAGAGUCGAUCAAAGAUCACGCAGAUCUGUUCAUUCUGAUGCUGACUCCCGGGGCUGUUCUUAUCGCUCUUGGGGGUCAUUUUUUGACCCAUGACUCGCUUCACCUCACUGCUUGGAGCCGUCGCAUCGAGCAUUCCAUCGGAACUUUCUCGACAAACGCCGAGCAUCCAUGUGUUGAGCGUUACCUUGCUCGCAUGAUGCUCUGCCUGGAGUUCGAGGCAGGCCAAUCGCGUCCUUGUAAACCACUGCUAGCGCUGGCGUUGAUGAUCCUGGACUACCAGUCCUUCACGCACGAGUCAAUUCUGGCGCCUCAACGUACCCAUGAGUGGAAGAACGAGUUGGCUGCCGCCACGCUCUUCGCCAAAACACUAUGCAUCAGAGCUUUAAAGCUAAAGCAGAGCACCACUCUUCCGGCCCUCUGUAAAGCGGUGCGAAACGCGUUGAAGAGCACGCUGUGGUGGACUGAGGACUCUCAAGUGCUCACGGUGCCGCAGUUGAAACAGAAUGUUGAUUUGCCGACUGCCAUUCCCUACCAUCCCGAGUAG